GUGACCACUCAACGACUCAGUGUUGUAAAGCGACUGCUUAAGUAUCAACUGAUUACCUUUUAUGCGUUCGGUGCAAAAUUGAGAGAAAUCUAUACAAAAUGACAGAGGAAGCCGAUUUUAGCGAGCAAAUCACAGAUGGAAAAAACAAAUCAAAUGUGCGCUGCCAGUUCUGCAACAGUUUGAUGCUGAAAGCCCAGGAGGGCGCCUACAACCAGGAGAAGGUGGAUGUGCCACUGAUGAUGCAGAAACAGGACCAAACGGCGGACAGCCUGAACAGCGAGCCACUGAAGGACUUCUGGCUGGUCAAGGACAUGAUGACGUUCGAGAACAUCGGGUUCUCCAACACGGUGGACGGCAGAAAGUUCCUGGUUUGUGCAGACUGCGAGCGAGGACCCGUGGGCUACCAUGAUCUGAGCACCCGCCACUGCUUCCUGGCCCUCCAAAGGGUGGUUCACAAGGACACCUAGCUGCCCCAUGCUGAACACUUGUAUCCAGUCUCUUGCAAUCCAUUUUAUCAUGCCACAAGCCGCUUAUCUUUGAUUUCUCAGUUUUUUAUGUCACGGAAUUUAAGCGAUUUUCAUUUGAUUUAGUGAGGGCCUUGGAGUGAUUCCAGAAAGAUUGACUAUUUUGUAAACUAUCAUCGUAUUGUUACCUCAAUUAUCUAUGCUUUUACUAAAGAUUGCAAACGAAUUUGUUGAAAAUCCGAGAAAUUUUAAGAAUAGUUUGUCGAGUUUAGAUUUAAGCGAAAUAAAACGCUUUAACGUGUCUGGUUACCGAA